UUUCUUUGAAGAAAGGAGUUGGGUAGGAGUUCGACCCCACAUCUGGCUUUACAUUGGAGACAGUAAACAUUGUUGGAUGAGAAAUCGAGAGGAGAACCCACCUGCAUAGGCCGAAAGAUGAAGAUCAGAGUGGUCCAAAUCUGGGGGUUUUUAAUGACAGUGUUAGGCUGGAUCUUUGUGGCCUGCACUAUGGCCAUGGAGGGCUGGAAGAUCGCCUCAGUUGGUGGUAUGGGUGGUUCGUCCAUCAUCAAAGUGGCAUGGCACUGGUCCAGCUUAUGGAGAAAAUGCUUCACCGAUUCAACUGCAGUCAGUAAUUGCUAUGAUUUCCCUGCGCUCUGGUCUGUGGAAGGGCACGUUCAAAUAGUGCGAGGCCUACUGAUGGGAGCUCUUUCUCUGGGUAUGCUGGGGUUCGUACUCAGCCUGUUGGGUAUGGAAUGCACCCGUAUUGGGGGAAAAGACCCUUCAAAGUACAAGAAGAUCUAUAUAGGUGGAUUGUGCCACAUCAUCAGUGGUGCAUUGUCCACAUGUGGGUAUGCCGUGUAUUCAGAGUACGUCAUGAUCAAAAACUUCGAUUCCGGCCUGACUGGACUCGAUUACGGCCUUGGCACUCCGUUGUUCCUUGGCUGGGUGGGCUCGGCCUUUCACAUGACUGGUGGUUUUUUCUAUCUGUGGUCCGUAUGCACGCCGCUCUGUGGAAGAGGUGAAAGGGUGAUUAAGGUAAAACCACAGCCAGACCUGGAGAAAAACAAACCCACCACAGCUUCUACUGCCGUGUCAGAGGUCACCUCCAAUACCAAACUGUCAUCCAUCUCUGAGCUGUCGUCCCGGUCCGAGCGUUCGGAUGUGUCCUCCUUGUCGACACACACCUCCCAAUCUGGGCGUACUGCCAGGUCGGGUCGCACCCCCAGAUCAAACGGAACCUCCGAAUAUGGUUCGGGAUCCAGAUCAGGAUCCGAGUUUCAGUCAAGCCUGUCCUUGGAGUCCAGCCGGUCUUCUUUGUCGGGAUCGAGGAGCAGCAGUCGGAGCAGCGGCAGCAGUCGGAGCAGCCGCACAGUGACCUCGCUGUCUGGCAGUUUGAGAAGCGGAACUACGCCGUUUGUCAAAAACGCCUACAUUUGAACUGAUAAAUUAAAAUGUCGACGUCAAAAUCACUACGUAAACAAAUCUGUCAAUGUGUCUGACAUAAAGCCAAAUUCUGAUUAAGUUACCAGAUGCAAGCUAACUGAAUCAUUAGCUUUUGAAUGUUAGCCGUUUUAUGUCAAGUAAUUGUCUUUGACAAGUUGAGUUUUAUUUUAAUGCAAUAACCAUGUAUUUGUAAUCUGAAACAUCUGGUAGCUUUAAAAAAACAACAACAAUAAAUCAAAGGGUUAAUUCAAGCGUAAAAGCUAGUUAGCUGUAGCCAAACUAGCUAAUUUGGCUAGCUACAUUAGCACAUGUUUGACUGCUGCCAGCAUGGAAAUUGCCAACAUAACAAAUUCCACUUCUUAUUACAAGAUCCAAGCUGAAUAAUAAGGUCAAGAAAUUCAAUAAUAGCCUCUUUAUAAUUGAAAACAUGUAUGUUCAAAAUCUGCAUAUUAUUAAAUUUUUUUGUUUUGUUUGUUUCUUGGGGAAAUUUUAACAAUAGAUUGUAUUUGUGCUGUAAAUAAUUUUUGUUUUGGCUGAAAACGUUUUAUUUGAAAAUCUCACAAAGAUUUUACACUGACUGCUGAUAACUAUUCCACAUAACCCCAAUUGAAAACCAGUAAAUAAGUUACCCUUAUGAAAAUUACACCUGUUGAAACUGAAUGUGACAAACUUUACAAGUGAAUGUUUUGUAGUAACAAAGUCUAAAGAUUGAUAUAAGUGUUUGUUGACAAUAAACAAAGCUCUCUUUUACUGUCAUUCAGAAAUUCAAGCAAAUGUCCA